AUGCUGUCACCGGUCACCAGUAAAACCGAGCGUGACCAUGCCAACGUUGAACGGACUGUGACAAGAACAGUCAGCAAUACGGCAGAUAAAAGUGUGAAACGGGGAAGACAUCGGAUACCUCAGUGGGCCGAGUUGUUGAGGAAAACAACACAAAGACACUUUCACAGAGAGACCUCUGAAGCUGGAGAGGCUACUGCAACGGGGGUCACUCCGUCUGAACUUGAGGCAGCUACCGCGCAGACCGUAUUACCAUCCACGCUGGAAACACGGCCGACUGAAAAAAACGGCCAAACGCAACUACAGAGGGGAGCGGGCAGAGGGAUAUCAGAAGCACAAAAUGCCAGCAGGUCAACGCGUGCCCAGGCAAAGGAGGAGACGGCAGGUCCAGAGUAUGGGAGCAGGUUAUUACUGUCAGAGCCCAAGUCUGAGUCAGAGCUGCCAAGGCUGAACCUGAGGAGGGCAUCCCCUCACCCGCAUCUCUCCGGUCUAACUAAGUUUUCAGAUGACCUGUGUGGCAGUGGGAACUACACGGCAGAAAUGAGCCUGAACCUUGGAAGGGCUAUCCAGCCCGGUGACGCUGUGCCAGCCCUGGGAAGCCCGACAGUUGUCAUCAACCUGAACACAAACAACAGUCGGAUAAACUUUGGUGUCACUUCCUGUUGCUUGUCCCCCACCAUUCAGCCUAACGUCACCAACUCCACCUGCUAUCUUUUCUCCAGGUUAGCAGCGCAGCAUCCAGGGGUCACAUUGCUGCCCAGUGCUUUGUCAACCAGCGCCAGUUUCACCAUCAGUCUCUUCCAACUGAUUAAUUACUCAGCAGUGUACCUACACUGUGAUCUCAGUGUCUGCCUGAGGAACAACUCUGACUGCGAAAGGCGGUGCCUUCAGCAGAGGAGUGCUUUCCCUUCAGAGGGUCCAGACACCAUUGUCACCAAUCUUAGAAAUCGCAUAUCCUUUGGGCCACUGUUGAAACAGGAGCAGAAUUCUACCUUCCCUGAGGAGAUAGAUCAGUCAGAGCUGGACCUAGUUCUGGUCAUUGUCAGCCUGGUGGUUGGUUUGUCUCUUGUCACGGUGAUGCUGCUGCUGGUGUGGCUGGCCUAUCGCCAUCGUGUGAUCCGGCUGCCGCCCUCCACAGCUCCACCACGAGCCUGCUGCGCCUGUCUUCACCCGGGAGGUGACUUGAUCUUACCGUGA